UCGCAGUCGCCGCACCCCAAAUCCACAGGGCCAUCCCCAUCCAGAUCCAGGCGUCGAUGCUGCGCCGCCAGCCCACCCGCAUCGACCUCCGCAGCUCCGACCGCGACGAGCUCGAGGAGCACCUCCGCUCCAAGGCCGCCGCCGCCGCCGCCGCCGAAUCCACGCCCCUCUUGACCCCGCGCCCGUCCAACCCCAUCUCCAACCCGCUCCUCCGCCUCCUCCACCCGCCGCCCGACGCCGCGCCCUCCAAGGCCCAGCGCAUCGGCCUCCACCCCCCGCCCCCCCAGCCCUAGCCGAGAUCAAGCUCCGGCUCCCGGACGCGGCCGCGCACGGGCGCCUCUCCACCUUCCUCGCGCCCCGCCUGCUCCGCACCGACGCCCAGCGCAACGUCUUCUUCGACGCCGCCGCGCGGCCCCUCGCCGCCGCCACCGCCGCGCUCCGCGUCCGCCUCUACGGCCCCGACGACCGCGCCCCCUCCCGCGCCGUGCUCGCGCUCAAGCGCCGCCCGCGCAUCCACGCCGGCGUCAGCCGCGUCGAGGAGAUCGAAGAGCUCCUCGACCCGGCCCUCGCCCUCGCAUGCGUCGACGACCCCGCCCGCCUCGGCGCCGUCGACUCCCCCAUCGUCCGGCUCGUCUCCGACGAGUACGGCGUCGGCGGGGACAAAGCGCCGUUCGUCUGCCUCGGCGGCUUCCGGAACACGCGCGGCGUGUAUGAGCUCGGGGAGGGCGAGGGGCAGGGGCUCGUGCUGGAGCUCGACGAGACGCACUUCGAUUUCGGGACCAACUACGAGCUCGAGUGCGAGACCGCGGAGCCAGACCAGGCCAAGGAGGUCCUCGAGCGGCUGCUCACGGUGGCUGGGGUGCCGUAUGAGUACUCCCGGAGCAAUAAGUUCGCGUCCUUCAUGGCCGGGAAGCUGCUUCCAUGACUAGAAACCAAGACUUCAAAAAUGACAGUGGAGCGGAGCAAGGCUGCUCAUCGAGAGGGCCACUGAGGUCUUCCAUGGACGACUUGGAUGGGGCCCGCUGAUACUCUUGAUAAAUUCUUGAGCAACUUGUUGCCUCGUGGCUUGAUGGCCUGGCUAGCUUCUGCUGUUAUGUUUUGCGCUGUUUGUUGUUAAUCCUCAGACUUGUUCUUGUUUUCCAGACUUGUUCAGGAUGUCUGCUGUGAUGCGUUGGCCCUUUCUAUGGUGCUGAGUUGAUCGACUCCUCUUCAUGGUUUGAUAUCCUGUUUUCGUUAGCCUCUGUGCCAUUUCGCCGGGUCGUGAACUGGUAGGUUGCAUUUGUGUUACCAAUUUCAGCAAUGAAAUUAGGAGCUAGGCUCUGUUUCUCAAACAAAAACAAAAAACGAUCGCUGUUUGAUGAGGAAUUAGAACUUGUUGAGAUUCAAUCAAGAACUAAUUACCAACAAGGGUGACUUGGUGUUGGUGAGAAAUGCUGUUUUGAUCAGAACAACUGUGUGAUUUGCGUGCUCUUUCGUAGCUGUAAUCCGAUGUUGAUUGCACCUAAACCCAUCACAUCCAUUCGAGUGGUGUGCUUCAUUUAGCAUAUCACAAGUAACUCAUUCCAAGCCAUCAACUUAGGAUAGACUAGGCUCCUCCGAAACAAAACAAAAAUAAAAUUGGCGGGUGGAAACCAGUGACCUCCUUAUUGGAGCCCUGUUCAUCCUCGACCAUAUGAAAGAGACUAGGGCAUUGCUCGCAGAGACUUGUGCGUUGGACCUCCUUAACUGAGUCAUCUUUAUUGUAAACUAUGU